AACUCGGCUAAUCCUGGACCUUCUCUGACAGCCUACAUUAGAAUGUUUCCGGACGGAGAAAACCUUAUUUUUCUUGCUGGGAUAUUGAUCAUGGCAACAGCAUGUGAAGCUGGAGAUCCUCCAUGGGUGAGUCGCAUGGUGGCAGAGAGACAGACAGUUCGGCUGGGCCAUACAGUGCGCCUGCCCUGCCCUGUAGAGGGAGAGCCUGCACCACUGGUAGUCUGGGUGAAGGAUGGCCGGACCGUGCACGCAGGCUGGGGCCGUUUCCAUGUCCGGAGGCACAGCUUGAGGAUCAUGGAAGUGGAGGUGGAAGAUUCCGGCAUUUACGCUUGCCAUGCAGCUAAUGGUUUUGGCAGUGUGUCCCUCAACUUCACCCUUAUUGUCAUAGAUGAUGCUGUAGAAAUAGCUCAGAACAAGCCCCCGCCAGCUGCCAAACAACCAACUGGGCAGGAUCCAACCGGGCCUCCAUGGGAGAAGCCCCGUUUCAGCCAACCAAUGAAGAUGAGACGGCGCGUUCUGGAGCAACCGGUGGGCAGCUCAGUUCGGCUGAAGUGUUUGGCCAGUGGCUUCCCCACCCCAGUCAUCACAUGGUGGAAGGACCAGGUGCAACUGUCCCUGUCUGAGCGGGGCAGUCGCCCACUUUGGACACUCACAUUGAAAAACCUACAGCCACAGGAUAGCGGCCGAUACACUUGCCGUGUGUCGAAUGCAGCUGGACACAUCAAUGCCACCUACAAGCUGGACAUUAUCGAACGCACAAACUCCAAGCCUGUCCUGACAGGUACUCACCCAGUCAACACCACAGUUGAGUUUGGCGCCACUGCCUCAUUCCAGUGUAAGGUCCACAGUGACGUAAAGCCUGUCAUCCAGUGGCUGAAGCGGGUGGAGCCAGGCAUGGAGGGUCACUACAACUCCACACUGGAGGUCGGUGGUCAGCAUUUCAUGGUGCUGCCCACAGGAGAUGUGUGGUCAAGGCCCGAUGGCUCCUACCUCAACAAGCUGGCCAUUAUAAAGGCCCGUGAUGAGGAUGCAGGAAUGUACAUCUGCCUCGGCGCAAACACCAUGGGUUACAGUUUCCGCAGUGCCUACCUCACUGUACUUCCAGAUCCCCAGACUGAGAAACCAGUGUCUCCUCCCCACUUGAACUCAGGCCUCCCCUGGCCUCUGAUUAUUGGGAUCCCAGCAGUGGCUCUCCUCAUGAUGGGCACCAUAGUACUCUGGCUGUGCCACAGCCAACUCCGGCAGGGCCUCCCACGUAGGCCUGUGCCCCAGCGGGACCACCCUGCCUUUGACAAAGACCCAAGAUCCCCUGGCAGCUGUAAUCCUGAGUUCCCCACCCAGAGGUACCUAGCUAUGGGUGCUGCUGGUCUUGGAAGUCCCUCAAAUAUUUACUCCAAGGUGUACACAGACAUGCACACACAUACACACACAUACUCACAUGCUUACAUGGAGGGGAAAGUGCACCAGCAUUUCCACUACAAGUGCUAACUGGCUAACUGGUUAACCUGCACCUUCACGUUAGGCCACUGCUGCUGCCCUUCCACAUAUGGGCAAAGGGCCUCUGCUUUGGAUCACAGAUGUACUGUGGACCGAGCAUUUGAGUUUGAACUGCAUUACACACAAAUAGUGAUGAAUAUGUAGCUUGACAAUGGCAUUUUCAAGUAGAGCAUGGACAAGCAUUUGUGACUGUACCUGUUCUGGCAGAUCACAUUCACUUUAAAAACUCUCAGGAUGGAAACAGUCUUUGCGUGUGUAUUUGUAAUAGGCAUAAAUAAAUGUUUUUUGUAUUAAAAUUGGCAAAACUGUACAAUCCAUCACACACAAUAAAUCAAACAGGACAGGACCUGGAAACCAAGUACACAAUAUAGGCAACACCAUGAAGCAAAACACAGAAAAUAAUAUCGUAUUUAAUUUUACAUUACCAGAAUGAAAAAAGCCAUGCAAAUAAAUGCAGAUGUGCUUUACAAAU